CCUUAAAAAGGACUUGGCAGGUGUACAAGAAACCGCAGCUCUGCCUCUGACUUUCCUUGUAGGGCGCAUUUCCAGAGCACUCGAGCCGCGCGCGAAAGGACAAUUUAUUUCAGCGUUUGGAUAUAUCCAACAAUUAACAGAACGAUGUCUUGCUUGAAUCGCUCGCUUAAUCUGCUGAGGGCUGUGAUGAGACAUCAAAUCAUACCUAAAGCUAAUAUUUCAGCCAAACCAGCCAAACAUGUGCUCUCCACUGGGGAGCAGGUCUUUGUAAUGGUGACCAUGUUCGUGACCAUCCUGGGCCCUUCUGGAUGGGUCCUGGCAAAUUUGGAGGAGUACAAGAAACGUCCUGGCGGAGCUGCAUAAGAACCACUUGUCUUUGAGCAUUCCUCCUUACUAAGACCAUUUUUUUUCCAUGUUAAGAAUGUGUUAAUAAAUGAAUGUACACCACAAACUGGUGGCUCUGGUCUGAAUUGAAUAAAAUGGUUUCUAUUCCAA